AUGGGAUUCAAUUGUACUCACUACCAACACCAAUUCCGCGAGAAUCUGGGCAAGGACCAACCACCGCUACCGGAGGAUCAACAAGUGUUCCAAACAAUAUUCCUGAACGAUCAAGAAAAAGAUCUCUGGACAUGGAACGAUAUUGACCCAUCAAAGAUCAUAGCCCGCAAAUGGUGGCACCAAUUUGGUCAUCGUUGGCAGCAUUAUCUCCGGGUUGUUCCGGGCAUGAUGUUCAUCAAUGGUACCAACCGAACCCUCUAUGCUGGAAGUUGGACUAUGGUAAAUAUGCACGAGAUUGCCUGCAUAUCCGGUAUUGCAGCGGCAUACCAGCUUGGCGCCACCUAUGAGCCAUUCGAUGACUUCGCGGAAGACUUCUUCGCCAAAUACUUACUAGUAUGCCAUGGGACGAGAUACAAGAAGGAUAGAGCAAAGAGCACGUAA